UAUGCAUGCCCUCACCCAACCUAAAGGUCACCUAUAAAUUAAAUACUUGGUUCGUUGUGCAAGUCCAUAGUCACUUCAAUGGAGACACACAAACGUACACACGCUAGCUGCAUGGAAGAAACAAGUGCACUUAAAUUGAUAUAAAAAAGAAGAAAGAGUAAUUAAAAGUACACAAGAGUAGUAGCUAAUUCAACAGAGAAGAAAGGGACAUGUCGCAAGGCCAGGACGAGCUCAAUACCGAGGACUUGCUGCAUGGCAGUGCUCAGGUCCUCCACCACUUCAUGAGCUCGCUCAAGUCGCAGGCCCUCCGCUGCGCCUGCGGCCUCGCCAUCCCCGCCGCGCUCCACCGCCUCGGCGGCGCCGCCACGGCCGCCGCCCUCCUCGACGAGACCGGCCUCCACCCGUCCAGGCUACCCUACCUCCGCCGGCUCAUGCGCGCGCUCGCCGUCUCCGGCAUCUUCGUCGCCGUCUCCGGCGCCACUGCAGGUAAUGACGAUGCUGGUAGCGCUGAGACCGUGUACUCGCUCACGCCGGCGUCCCGCCUCCUCGUCGGCGACAGGCCGAGCUCGGCCAUGUCGGCGAUGCUGAACCCGCGACCGGAGGCCGGGUUCGCCAUGUUCUUCAAGCUGGAAGAGUGGUUCAGGGACAAGAGCGGGGCCGGCGGGACGCUGUUCAAGAUGGCGCACGGCGUCACCUCGCCGUGGGAGCUGGCCAGGGAAGACGGCGCCUACAACACCGUCCUGAACAAGGCCUCCGCCGCCGACACCACCUUGGUAAUGGACGUCGCCCUGCGAGGGCGCGGCGGCGACGUCUUCCGCGGCCUCACCUCGCUGGUCGACGUCGGCGGCGGGUACGGCACGGCCGCCGUCGCCAUCGCCAGGGCAUUCCCACACGUCAAGUGCACCGUGAUGGACCUCCAGCAGGUGAUCAGCGAGGCGCCUGACGACGGUUCGGUGCAGUUCGUCGCCGGCGACGCGUUCGAGUCCGUUCCACCCGCUCAAGCUGCUUUACUCAAGAAUGUUUUGGAUUGCUGGAGCGACGAGGACUGUGUGAAGAUGCUUCGCCAGUGCAAGAAGGCGAUCGCAACACGAGACGCCGGAGGAAAGGUGGUAAUCAUAAACGUUGUGGUCGGGCAGGGAGCAAAUGACGUCGCGAUCAGAGAGACGCAGGUGUUGUACGACAUGUACGUGAUGAGCGUCGAUGGGAUAGAGCGAGAUGAGCACGAAUGGCGGAAGAUCUUCUUGGAGGCCGGAUUCAGUGAUUACAGGAUCAUGCCGAUAUUAGGUUAUCAGUCGAUCAUCGAGGUUUUUCCAUGAAUAAUUGAGGUUUUGUUUUUCUAUGAAUAAAGGAGGGUCAGCAUGGACAGACAGCUGAUUGAUACAUGUAUGUAUCAUGCAUCCUCCGGACUCUGUUUGCCGAAUCAUAUAUAUCAUGUGUUCUCAGACUGU